GGCUGACUCUUUUUAUUUUAAUAACUUUUUUUCUCUUCUCCUUUUUCCUCAAUCCAUGGUAUUGAUGAUCAAAGUGUAGUUAGCCAUGGAACUAUCGACAGUUACAACAGCUUUUUAUUAUUUGCUUGUCAUUUGGUAUGGCUUCAUGUUUUUUCUAAGUCUAUUUGGUCAAUACAUUGGACAAUCGCGAUAUCGAAAUAAGCCAAAGCCAAAAUCGUCUAAACUAUCAGCAACAGAAGCAGAAGGAGUGUCUAUUAUUAGACCCUUAAAAGGAGUUGACCUGGAAUUGGAGACUAAUCUGCGCUCCUCUUUUGUUCAGAAUUAUUCUAAAUUCGAAAUUAUUUUCUCUGUUGCUUCAGCACAAGAUGCUGCUAUUGAAGUUGUUAGAAAACUGCAGCAGGAAUAUCAUCAUAUAGACAGUCGACUGAUCAUAGGUGAUCAUCAAGUUGGUAUUAACCCUAAAAUUAAUAAUAUGAUUGAAUCCUAUCGGACAGCAAAAUACGAUAUUGUUUGGGUCUUGGAUUCUAAUGUCCAUAUAGACAAAGACACGCUUGGAAGAUCAGUGGACAAACUUCUAAUGCCUGGUAUUGGUCUAGUCCAUCAUUUGCCUAUUGCUGUUCAGCCUGCAAGUUAUGCAGCACAGAUUGAACAAACCUUUUUAGAUACAAACCAUGCUAAAAUGUAUUUAGCUAUUAAUGCUGUCGGUAUUGCUUCAUGCGUCAUGGGCAAGUCUAACCUAUACCGUCGCUCUGACCUGGAUCGUGUGGGUGGCCUAGAAAGCUUCGGUAAAUAUAUGGCCGAAGAUAAUAUCAUUGGCGAAGCCUUGUGGUAUCAAGGACUUAGACAUGCCAUGAGUGCCGAUACUGCCUGUCAAGCCUUAGGUUCUAUUUCUCUCAAGGGCUAUUGUGGACGUCGGGCAAGAUGGGUUCGGCUUAGAAAAUACAUUGUUACUGCUGCUACCUUAGUUGAACCUAUGACAGAGUCUAUUUUGUGUGGCCUUAUGGGUGCUUAUGGGUUCCAUGCUUUGUUUGGUUUGUCUAUGUCUUUGUUCUUGGUGUUUCAUUGGACUUGGUGGUUCAUAAACGACUAUUUCUUAUAUCAAAUACUUAUUCACUCUUCGUUACACUCACUUGAUGCACAAAAGCCAUUGCCAUUUUUGUAUUUCUUACGUGCUUGGGUUUCGAGAGAAAUGUUGGCUUUACCCCUUUACCUUUAUGCCAUGGCAGGUACCAAGAUUUCAUGGCGUGAUCAAGAAUAUAGAUGUAUUUCAGAUGGUACUGCUGUUGCCAUUCAAACUAAAUCAAUAGAAGAUGUUGGAUUAUUAUCUCAAUCAUCCUAAUAAUAUAUGUAUACAAAACUAU